AUGGCUCUGCUGAAGGUUCUGCUGCUGCUGGGUGUUUCAGUGAACUCAGAUAUUUCUCUGCAGAAGAGAAUCAUUGGAGGUUAUAACUGUCAUCACACGGAGCGUCUUUAUCAUGUUCGGCUGGAGAACAGCAAUGGUAAUAAUAAAUACCGCUGUAGAGGAUCUCUGAUCCACCCUGAGUGGAUCCUGACUGCAGCUCACUGCUGGAAGUCGGAGGAUGGAUGGACUAACAGAGCAACUUUAAAAGUUCAUCCACGGACUGCUGGGCAGCAGAAUCGGGUAAUCCAACAAGAUCCUGUGAUUUACGACCAGCACCAUGACAUCAUGUUGCUGAAGCUUCAGACACCAGUAACAGAUGUUCCACUUGCUCAGCUUCCAGACUGCAGGCGUCGUCUUCAAGUAGGCGAUGUUGUUCAACUGGCAGGAGAGGGAGCAACAACAGCCGGCCCCAAUAAUGAUCGAUUAAUCGGUGCUGCUAUUCCAUCACAUCUGCAGUGUGUCGACAUGAGAGUUGUUGGUGCUUCCGUCUCCCUGUGGUCAACUGGGUACAUAUUCCUUGCUUCAGCACCGAACAGGGAUAUACAGUACAGACCAAAAGGCGACACUGGUGGAGCGGCGGUGCACAACGACAUGAUUUAUGGUGUGAUUUCUUUUAGUGGAGGAUAUGCAUGUCAGAUUCCAGUUGUAAUCUUGGAUAUGUGUGAAUACCUGUGGUGGAUAAAAAGGACUAUCAAACAUGUUCAAGAUUAUUUCAAUACAGCAGUGGUACCAAGUCAGGGUUUUCCAAGUCUCAAGUCUUUAUCCUUAAACCCCGAGUCAAGUCUCAAGUCGGAAACAUAG